GUGGCCUAGGAAAGUACCGUGGGUAGAUACUCCUUCAGAGCAGCGCGAGCCGCUCCGCUCCGGUAGUACCUCAGCUUCACCGCGACGCGGAGAGAUGCUCGCCCCACGGCGAUGAGCGCAGAGCGGCUAGAGGAGGUCAUGUUUUCCGGGGAGCCCGCAGAGUCAUGCCCGCGCGUCGUCUUCAGCGGAACGGCCUCAGGUGGAGCAGAAGGCGGGGACAUAAUGGGGGAGGCGUGUCCUCACAAGCUUGGAUCGACCAAUCACCCGCGUCUCCUCCUGUACAUCCUCAUCCCGACCAUCAGCCUAUUGGCUGCUCUGCUGCUGCUCAUACUGGCACUGACAGGAAUCUUUGGCAGUGGACUUAUCGACUCCAGAAUUCAUUCCUCAUCUCCCUACGGUUCUGUCGCCGAUAGAAACCACCUAAACCAAUCGCAAUUUGACAAUGACAACGACAACUUCACCGCCUCCCAGGGAAACCAUAGCAACGGCGAUGAUGCCACACCCAGUGACUCACCGGUCACAGGUGGCCUCCCAUUGGACCGGACGACCGACCCCACACCUGCUGCCAACUCCGCCUCCCCGACGCCUGCCACUCAGCCUUACACCCUGGCGCCUGAUUUGUUGACCUCAGUGACCUCUCUGAGCACCUCCUGGCCAAUGAGCACCUCUCAGGAACCGGACACAGGUAGCUGCCAGGUGGUGUUGGAGCCUCAGUGUCACAUGUUACCCUACAACCAGACUUGGCUCUCCUCCUCGGUUGCCGUGGUGAAGAGCUCGGAGGUGGACAUGUUGCUACGGUUCUUCAGCUACCUGAGCAGGCUGUCUUGCUACAGACACAUCAUGUUGUUCGGCUGCUCCCUUGCUCUGCCUGAAUGUUCUCCCAGAAACCAAACGCAAGAAAGGAGGGUGGUGCUUCCCUGCUGGUCCUUCUGUGAGGCUGCGAGGGAGGGAUGUGAGCCCGUCCUCCAGAUGUUCAACGCCUCCUGGCCUGACUUCCUGAGAUGCUCUCAGUUCCAGAACCUCUCCUCCUCCUCCCCGUCGCCCCCGGAGACCAGCUGCUACUCCCCCCGCCAGGUCAAGGGGAAGCCCUCCGUGUGUGGGGGCCACAACCACUUCCUGUGUGCGACGGGCAUAUGUGUGCCCCAGAAACUCGUCUGCAACGGAUACAACGACUGUGACGACUGGAGCGACGAGACACACUGUGUCUGCGUGGAGGGGGAGUUCCGCUGUGAGACGGGUCGCUGCCUGUCGCCCUCUCUGGUGUGCGACGGUUACGAUGACUGCGGAGACCUGUCUGAUGAAGUCAACUGUGUGUGUGACCCAGCCCGUGAGCAUCGCUGUGGGGACGGCCGAUGUGUGUCUAACGACUGGCUCUGCGACGGGGACCACGACUGUGUCGACAAAACCGACGAAGUCAACUGUUCGUGCAAGAGCCAGGGUCUGCUGGAGUGUAGGAACGGUCAGUGUAUCCCCUCGGCGUUCCGCUGUGACGGAGACAACGACUGCAAGGACGGCAGCGACGAGGAGAACUGUCACCAGACCCAGACAGACUGUGUUCCUGGCCAGUCCAGCUGUAUCUCCAACCCCUGUCCUGCUCAGUGUGGAGCCAACAGCACCACCUGCCUGUCUCCACCAACCAACACCUCCUGCACUCAGUGUGAGCCGAUCACGUUGGAGCUGUGUAUGAACCUGCCCUACAACAGCACCACCUACCCCAACUACCUGGGCCACAUGUCCCAGCGGGAGAGCUCUGUCUCCUGGGAGGCGUCCCUGUUCCCCGCCCUGGUGCAGACGGGCUGCUACCAGUACCUCAUGUUCUACGCCUGCACCCUGCUGGUGCCCAAGUGUGACCCCGUCAGCGCCCAGAGGAUCCCCCCCUGCAGGUCUCUUUGUCGUAAGGCUAAGGAGCGCUGUGAGGCCGUGCUGGGGGUGGUGGGUCUGCCCUGGCCAGAGGGCUCAGAGUGUAACCAGUUCCCCCAGGAGGGAAACGCCACCUGUCUGCUACCUGAAGACGGCAUCGACGAGUGUUCGCCCAGCCACUUCAAGUGUCGCUCAGGGAGGUGCGUCCUAGCUACCAAACGCUGUGACGGACACCUGGACUGUGAUGACCACAGCGACGAGGAAAACUGCGGCUGUGCAGAGCGGGGCCUUUGGGAGUGUCCCGGGAGCAAGGUGUGUAUCCAGAUCAGCAUGAUCUGUGACGGCUUCCCUGACUGCCCCCUGCUGGUGGACGAGGACAACUGCUCGUUGUGCAGGGACAACGAGCUGGAGUGUAACAACCACCAGUGUGUCCAUCGCACGCUGUGGUGUGACGGAUACAAACACUGUUCUGACAGCUCAGACGAGUGGCACUGUGUCUCCCUGGUGGACGCCUCUGGGUGGGCGUUAACAGUGUUCAGGACGGGGUCCCAGUAUCAGGUGUGUGCUGACGAAUGGAACCCUCACCUCAGCCAGCUCACCUGCUCUCAGCUGGGCCUAGGUGCACCGUCCUCUGUUACCAUGGUAGCAGAGCAGCCGGGGGUUGCGGGGCGUCGCCGUUGGUUACACGUCCACCCUGAGUGGGACCAGAAGGAGGGCGCUGCGCUCCAAGCCCGCCUGGAGAAGAGGAGUCACUCCUGUUAUUCCAGAAAGAGGGUAUCCGUCCUCUGUGCCAAAGAAGACUGUGGGCUGCGUCCUGCACCCCCCCCGCGGGCGGCCCCCCACCGUAGGAAGAGGAUCCUGGGGGGCCGGGCGUCCCGCCCCGGCCGCUGGCCCUGGCAGUGCUCCCUGCAGAGCGGGGCCAGCGGACACAUCUGUGGCUGCGUGCUGAUUGGCCCCAAGUGGGCCCUCACCGUCGCACACUGCUUCGAAGGGAGAGAGAGUGCGGAGCUGUGGCAGGUGGUGUUAGGUUUGAAUAACCUGGACCACCCCGGUGCUCACAGCCAGACCCGGGGGGUGCGCUCCAUUAUCGUUCACCCCCGCUACAACCGGGCGGUGGUGGACUACGACAUCAGCAUUAUCCAGCUGGAGACAGAGGUAGAGGAGACAGAGUUCGUGAGGCCUGUGUGUCUCCCUGAUCUAGACCAGCUCCCUCUGCCUGACGCCUACUGUUACAUCACCGGAUGGGGCCACACGGGGAACAGGAUGCCCUUCAAGCUGCAGGAGGGAGAGGUUCGUAUCAUCUCACUGUCUCACUGCCAGUCGUACUUCGACAUGAAGACCAUCACCUCCAGGAUGCUCUGUGCCGGCUUCGAGGCCGGCACCGUGGACUCCUGCAUGGGCGACAGCGGGGGUCCGUUGGUGUGUGAGGAGCAGGAUGCGGAGGGUCCGCUGGGCCGCUGGACCCUGUUCGGUCUCACCUCCUGGGGCAGCGUGUGCUUCAGCAAGGUCCUUGGACCGGGCGUCUACAGCAACGUCACACACUUCACCCCCUGGAUCCAACGGCAGAUAUACCUGCACACCUACCUGCUGGACUAGAACCACACACCUACCUGUCUACUGGAAUAGAGCCACGCAUAUACACCUAUCUACUGGAGUAGAACCACACAUAUACACCUAUCUACUGGAGUAGAACCACACAUAUACACCUAUCUACUGGAAUAGAACCACACAUAUACACCUAUCUACUGGAAUAGAAUCACGCAUAUACACCUAUCUACUGGAAAAGAGCCACAACUAAGUUCCUAUCUACUGGACUAGAGCCACAAAUAUACACUUAUUUACUGGACUAAAACUACAAUGUACACAACACAUAUCUACUGGAAUAGAACCACAAAUAGACAUCUACCUAUCUGGCCGCAAAAAUAACGAUGUAAGGAGGUAAACAAAAAAUGAAAAAAGUACAGAUUUGCCAAACACAGUUAUGCUAGCAGUUGUGAACGGUAACUAUGUACAUUAACUCAAGUACUCAGGUAGUACUUCACUAUUUGUACCUGUCUUUUAAUGUUGUUUUACGUUACUAUUAAGUUACUCUGUUAGUACAUUAACUCUAGUCGACCACCUUAGGACCAGGUACAUUAACUCUUUGACCAACUUAAGACCAGGUGUAUUAGUACAUUGACUCUAUUCUUCCACCUUCAGACCAGGUGUAUUAGUACAUUAACUCUAUUCUACCACCUUCAGACCAGGUGUAUUAGUACAUUGACUCUAUUCUUCCACCUUCAGACCAGGUGUAUUUGUACAUUAACUCUAUUCUACCACCUUCAGACCAGGUGUAUUUGUACAUUAACUCUAUGACCACCUUUAGACCAGGUGUAUUAGUACAUUGACUCUAUUCUUCCACCUUCAGACCAGGUGUAUUAGUAAAUAUGCUGUAGUCGACCACCUUAAGACCAGGUGUAUUAGCACCCUAACUCUAGUCGACCACCUUAAGACCAGGUGUAUUAGCACCCUAACUCUAGUCGACCACCUUAAGACCAGGUGUAUUAGCACCCUAACUCUAGUCGACCACCUUAAGACCAGGUGUAUUAGCACCCUAACUCUAGUCGACCACCUUAAGACCAGGUGUAUUAGCACCCUAACUCUAGUCGACCACAUUAAGACCAGGUGUAUUAGCACCCUAACUCUAGUCGACCACCUUAAGACCAGGUGUAUUAGCACCCUAACUCUAGUCGACCACCUUAAGACCAGGUGUAUUAGCACCCUAACUCUAGUCGACCACCUUAAGACCAGGUGUAUUAGCACCCUAACUCUAGUCGACCACCUUAAGACCAGGUGUAUUAGCACCCUAACUCUAGUCGACCACCUUAAGACCAGGUGUAUUAGCACCCUAUCUCUAGUCGACCACCUUAAGACCUAGCACCCUAACUCUAGUCGACCACGUUAAGACCAGGUGUAUUAGUACAUUAACUCUGUAGUGUACUACCUUUUAACCAGGCGUAUUAGUGCUUUAACUUUGUAGUUGAUUAUCUUUCAACCAGGUGUAUUAGUACUUUAACUCUGUAGUCCGUUAUCUUUCAGCCUAUUGUAUUAGUGCUUUAACUCUGUAGUCUGUUACCUUUCAACCAGGUGUAUUAGUACUUUAACUCUGUAGUCUGCUACCUUUCAACCAGGUGUAUUUGUACUUCAACUCAAGUAUUGGGGGUUGUGCAGUCGGCCCCCCUCUGCUUCUAGUGCCUAUACUCGAUGCUGUGUCUGUAACUCACAGGUAGGGGGCGCCACUAACCCCAGUAACGAUAUGACCCUGCAGCGGUUCCACGCCUUGUCGAUGGACCCAUGAGCAAGCUGCUCCUCUCAUUAGCGCCUCGUUAGAUAGUAGCGCUGAUGCUAUCGACAUACAGGCCCACUUAGUUAGAACUAAACCAGGACAACUGUGAGCAGACUCUGCUUCAAACAACAGCUUUCCCGUGGUCUCCUGGCAACGGGGACCAUCCCAGGACCUCUGUGGUAAACCUCAGUGUAGCGAACUUGCGAGCUAAGUUAGCGCUGCUUUCCGCAAAGCUUCUCUCUAUCGUGCCUGUAUUCAAACUGUGUUGCUUUGUAUCAUGUCCUCAACUUGCGUGCGUGUGUGUGUGUGUGUGUGUGUGUGUGUGUGUGUGUGUGUGUGUGUGUGUGUGUGUGUGUGUGUGUGUGUGCAUGUGUGUUAUAUUCAGGAGCUCUUUCUCUGUUCUGUGUGAUAACAGGAACAUUCCACUAGUCGUAUGUGUUGAUGAUUUCUGCUUUCUUUUCUACAAGUAUUUUUCUACUGCUUUUCUAUGUCAUGCUAGUUGUAGAAGAUGAGGUGUGUGUGUGUGUGUGUGUGUGUGUGUGUGUGUGUGUGUGUGUGUGUGUGUGUGUGUGUGUGUGUGUGUGUGU